GGCCCAGGCCGUUCUGACUCCAGCGCGCCCGCCCCCACCCCCCCACCCUGGCUUGGCCCUCGCCCCCGAGCCCCGGAACCAGCUUUUCUCCCCGGGCCGUCGUGUUGAUGGCCUCUGGGGCCCGCAGGCGGCCCCCGAAGGCCGAGCCGCCGCAGGACCGAGAAGAGCCGCGGCGCAGGACCGACCGCAGGCCCCGGAGCGCGUGGGAGGCCCAGGCCCUGUCGGCGCCAAGGGCCCCGUGCUGCCACGGCCCGCGGUGGCGCCCGCGGCGAUGCUGGCGCUGCGCGCGGGCCCACUCGCGGCGGCCGGGAGCUCCGUGGAGGGGAAGCGCGGCGCGGCCGGCGGCGCCGCGCCGCCGGGAGGGCGGGCCGCGCUGUCAGCGGCGGCCGCGCUCGCGGCCGGGGGCGCCGCGCUGCGGCUGCUACGCGGAAGGCGCCCAGCGCGGGGCGGCUUCGCCUCGGAGGCCAGCGAAGGCGCGCGCGCGCGAGGCCACGAGAGGUUCGACGCCGGCAGCUCGGAGGAGGAAGUGGUACCGAUACCGCUGCUCGUGCUGGAGAGGCCAGUGGUGUUCGAGAGCGGGGCCGAGGGGCUGCCGUCGUACAUCCGCGCCGGCGAUCUGGGCCGCUACGUCGUCGCGUACGCCGAGCGCUUUGGCGUGAGGCAGCUGGUGCGCUUCGGGGCGCGCGUGUGCAGGGCGUCGAGCCCCCAGCUCGCGGAGGACAGCCAAGUCAUCGAGCUGCCCAAGCAAAACAACAAGGUUUUGGAGCAGAUGUCCAAGCUGCUCGAGAAGCAGAACGAGGCCAUCGAGGUGCAGAACAAUACACUCGAGCACAUCGCCGAGAAGGCAGGCGGCUCCGCGCCGCGGCACAAGAACAUCAAGAACGCCGUCCUCGCGGGCGCCCUCAAGACGGGGAGCCUCGAGGGCGUCCAGUACGAGGGCAUCUUCCACGGCAAGGACAAGCGGCGCGGCGAGCUGCUCUGCGCGAUCUUCUACAAGACGCACAUCGAGGGGGGCGCCGAGAUGUUCGACGGCUUCGACGACCAAGACGCGAACAUCGAGAAGUUGUUCAGGAUGCUGCCGAGCUUCCGAGCGGAGUUGCUCGGCGAGGCCAAAACGCACGACGCGCUCCUCGGCGACAAGGCCGAGAUGAUGCCCGAGGGAGCCGUGACCAAGGUUGUCAAGCAGGUCCUCGGCGAGAUCCCCCAAGAUCUGCAAGCGCUGCACGAGGUGAUGCUUCCAGCGAACAAGCAAUUCAAGCCUGUCUUGCCGAGGGCCAGCGCCGAGAAGGGCAAGGAGCAGUUCGAGUCGGUAGCAAUCCUGCCCAAGAAGGCCAAGGACUACUUCGACGAGUUCAAGCUGUUUUGCCUCGAGGGUGACGCAAGCGAGCGCAUCUGCACCGCGAACGCCAUCGCGGCGUGGCGCUGGCAAGUCAGCAAGGUGGCCGAGAAGGCUUUCGAGCUCGACGUGCACAAGUACACCGCCGCCAAGCGCCUCAAGCGCGACGAGGACACCGAGGAGAAGAAGAAGCUCGAGCAUCAGAAGAUGUUCUUCGAUGUGUACAUCAGGACUAGCUUCCCGAACUACACCAAGAUCAACAACGAGUACGAGGAGAUGAAGGCGGAGAAGACGGGCAAGCAAGAGUUCGGGAAGAUCGAGGUGGAGGACAUGGCUGCUCGUCCCCCGAGCGAUUGGCGAGGCAUCUCCCCCGGGGAGAGCCUCGCGCCGUUCGAGAACACCCAAGACAUGUUCGAGGCAAUGCGGCAAGAGCUCGGGCUCACAGGACCGCCCGAGAACACGCAGUGUCUCGAGGAGCAGGAGGCGCUCGAGGAGAACGCCCAGCUCCCGAACAACGAGGCCGAGAGCCCGAGGUCUCGAGAGCCCGAAACACCAGAGAAGCCCGAGGGCGAGACCGACGAGCUCGACGACGAGGACGCCAAGCGCCAAGAGCUCGAGGAACCCGAGACGCCCGAGAAACUCGAGGUCCGCGAGAAGGAGCUCCAGGCCGUCAGCAGCAGCGGCGAGAAAAAGCGAGGACGAGACCGAGACGAACUCGAGACGCCCGCGGAGUCCGAGGACGAGGUCGGGAGCCCGAGGUCCCGAGAGCCCGAGACACCAGAGAAGCCCGAGAGCGAGACCGACGAGCUUGACGACGAGGACACCGAGCGCCAGAAGCUCGUGCCCGAGGAGGGCGAGCGCCUAGUAGAGGAACCCGAGGUUUACGUAGUGUUCUCGAGCCCCGACACUGGGACGACCGAGCCAGCCUCAGACGCCGAGGUCGAGACCGAGCUCGACCCCGCCCAAGAGAACAAGUGGAGGGCCUCUCUCGCGCGCGGCAAGACAGCCGAGCGGCUCCAGCCAGGCGAGCCCACGCAGUUCCAGGACGACGAGCUUCAGCGCUGCAAGAUCUCCGACAUGAACCUCGAGAAUGGCACCUGGCUCCGAGACGUCCGCUACGAGCGGAGCGACGGCGAGGCCGAGGCGAUGCAGCAGCAGACGGAGCAGCUGCCGAGGCAGAACGAGGAGCUGAACCGCCGCCCCCUGGAGACGGAGCGCCUGACUCAGCAGGCGCCGCGGAAGAGGCUUGUCAAGCAACCUGGAGCGUUCGACGGAGCUCGCGCUGAGUGGUCGGACUGGAGUUUCACGUUCAGGGCCUACGCUGCGGCGGCGAGCGUGGCCAUCACGAGGCUGACGACGACAGCGGAGGCGAAGGGCCCAGAGCCGAUGGAGAUCCCAGAUGAAGACUUCGACGCGGAGCAGGCCCAGGCGAACGGUCAGCCUUACUACGUGCUGGUGAUGCUCGCGAAGGGGGCAGCCUUGAAGAAGGCCAAGAGUGCUCCAGUCGGGCACGGCUCUGAGGCAUGGCGUCUGCUGGUGUAUGAAUACGAGCCGAAGCCGAGGAGACGGUUCCAGGCGAUGCUGUCAUCCGUGCUGCGCGCGAAGCUGCCCGACCCCCUCAGCGAGAGCCUCGACAACUUCGAGAGCGGCAUCGAGAACCAGACGGUCGGCCUGUACCUAGACCUGAAUGACUCGACGCUGGUGGACGCCAUGGUCAGCAACGGCGGCAAAGGAAGAGGCAAGGGUAAGGAGCCGAGAGGCAAGGGUAAGGACCCGAAAGGCAGAGGCAAAGCGGCUGACAAGAGCGACAAGAAGUGUUUCUAUUGCGGAAGCAUUGGCCGCGUCGCGCGCAACUGCCGCAAGCGGAUUGCCGACGAGAGGGCAGCCGGCAAAGCAGCCAGCCUGCAGCCACAGCAGAUGGCAGCGAGGUGCGCGCAGCUGGCUUUCCAGCAGGCGGCGGCAGCGGCAGCACCGCAGAGGGCACAGCAGCAGCAGUCCGCGACGCUGAUCGCAGCCAACGUGGACGCGUGGCCCGACACUGAUGACGAGCACGGCAUACACAUGCUCCUCGAGGCGACCAGCAACGACGGCAAGGAUACCCCCGAUGGCGACCCGCCCGUGGCGAUGAUCAACGACAACCAGCCCGACCCAGUCACCCACGUCUACCUGGCCCUGGCGGAGAUCUCGGACGAGAACGACGCGGUCUGGGUCAUGUUCGACAUUGGUUCGGGGGCCACGGCUUGCCCUAGCAACUUCGCGCGGGACAUCGAGGUAGACGCGUCGAGAGGUAGAGGGCCGUGGUGCGAGGCGGCUACUGGAACCUCGGUUGAUCUACGAGGCAGACACUGCGUGCCGAUGCUUAUCGAGGGCCAGCCGUUCGGCUUCGACUUCCACGUCGGGAACGUUCACAGGCCGAUCGUGAUCGCGCAGGCAUUCCUGGAUGCGGGCUACGGGGUCCACCUUGAGCAGGACUAUAGCUACAUGUUGGGCCCGAAGGGUCAGGUCAUCCCCAUCCACAGGCGCCACCGCGCGUUCUCGUCGAGGGUGAAGAGGUCUGGUAUGACUAGUGGCAUGGAGGUCAUCUCGGCAGUGCAGCCUGCGCUGGAGGGCAGGGCACGUGCCGAGAUGGACGCCAACGACCUCGUGGAGGACACGAAGCGGUCUCAGGCGAUCUCGGAGGAGGCGCAGCGGGCCCGCGCGCGCGGGAUCCCGACCAUGCCACCCGUGGCGGAGCGUCUCACGCAUCGACUGAUUCACAUGCCGUGCAGGAACUGGUGCGGGGACUGCGCGGCGGGCAGAGGGCGAGAGGCCCCACAUCCUAGGAGGACAGUUCGGGAAGCCCUGCUCCCACGCGCGUGGAUGGACUACUGCUUCCCGUCCACUAGGCGCGAUGUGACCAACCAAGUGGUGAUCCUGGUUGUGCUCGAGGAGGACUCGGGUGCGAUCGAGUCACUGCCCGUCCCCGGGAAGGGGCCAGCUGAUUUCCACGUGAAGACGGUGGCCAGGGCCAUCGAGUCUUGGGGGCGCAAACGAGCGGUGUGCGCCACCCACGGUGAGCCUGUUAUAAAGGCGCCGAUCACGGCGAUCAAGCUGGAGCGGAAAGACGAGACAGCGUGUUCCUCGGCGCCUCGGUACGACUCGCAGCCGAAAGGCAGGCCCUGCAGGGGAGCGAUCGCGGAGAUGUGCGAGACCGUCUUCUUUCACAAGAUGCACCGGCACAAGGGGGGGUUCAGGGCCCAGUGCGAGAAGGGCAUCUGGCUGGGAAAGGAGGCGGUCCGGAGGAGCACCUGCCUCACGAAGUCGGUGUUGGACAGGUUCGGCAGGACCGCUGGUUGCAAGGCCUGCGAAGGCCGAUGCAGAUCGACGGCGGCCGAUGACAAGCGAGAAGUCCGGGCAACGGCGCCCAGGGCGACGCGGAGUCCAAGAAGCUUCGCACCGUCGGAGGCUUCGGGCGUGAACCCGGCGCAGUGCGUGUUCGCGGCCAUGGUCAUUGAGGUCGCUGAUGUCAACGUGGAGGCGUCAGCGCACGCGGCUAGGUCAGGCAUCUUGCUGGGCCCCGCCCUGGUGGAGGCAGGGCGUCAGCGAGAGAGGGGGCCCACGCACGAGUUCGGGGCGCACGAGCACGCGCUGCGGAGCGAGGCUCGCGGCAAGCGCGUCGGUGCCCAGUGUCUGCGCGACGAGCGCCACGACGACGACGGAGCGAUGUUCGCGCGCGCCCGCCUCGUGGCCAUGCAGGUGGCGCGGGAGGCUGGGAGCGACUGCUUCGCAGGGGCGCGCAGCUUGCCCUGCGCGGGGCUCGUCCUCAGCUUCGUGGCCACGCUGGUCGGAGGAGCUCUGAGGAGGCUGGUCGCGCUGCACGACGUGUCGGUCGCCCUUUACCACGCGCUGCUCGAUGAGGACAUCUGGGCGGCAGUUGGAGGGACCGACCACGGCCUCUGCAUCAAGCACGAGAUCAGCUGGGCCGACGAUGGUUUCCACCGGCUCGCCGACACGGCGCACCUCGAGAAGGGCAUCGCGCACGGCGACAGGGCCGAGAGGGGCGCGCCCAGCCGACUCUUCAGCCCAGGGAGCAAGCGCGCGGGCAAGAGUCGGAAGGGCGCGGCAGACGUGCUUGGCGACCAAGGGCGGAGCGAGUACAGGAGCCUCGCCCCGCUGGCACACUUCGCGGCUGUCGAUCGAACCGCGGUGUUGCAGGGGCUCCAGCUGGAACGCCUGGGGAGCCACCUCAAGACGCGCAAGGAGUUGCAGUGGGACUUCGUGUGCCAGGAGACCCUGCGGGAGCUGCGCGUUGAGGCUGAGCUGCGCGAGUUGGUGAACGGGGCUGCACGCGGGCUGUCCUUCAAGCAAGUGCUAGAGGAGAUGGGCGUGCUGAACCUUGUGGCGAAGGUCGGCGGUGACUCGGCGGCGGCGCUGGGCAUCUCCCACAGCCUUGGCGCGAGCCGAAGAAGGCACCUGGGGGCCAAGCAGCUUUGGAUCCAGAAAAAGACGAGGUCGGGAGAGGUUCAACCGAUCAAGAUCAAGACAGCGGUGAACAGGGGAGACCUGCUUACCAAGUUCCAUGACCCCGAGGGGCAUUGGGCGCUAGUGAGUGCCCUACCGCUGAGCGUGCCUUCGGCAAGGCGCGGUGCGAGCGCGCUGGCGGUAGCGGCGGCGCUGAUGCACCUGCCCGAGACGGCAGAGGCGUUGGGCAAGAAGGAGACCGAGAGCAUGGGGAUCAACCCAAUGCUGGUGGCGCUCUGGCUCGUCGUCCUCAACUGGCUCAUCUCGAGGCUUCGGGGCAAGAAGUCAGCUAGGAAGAUGGACCAGAGCGCCCAGACGGACGAGGUGGUCCAUGACACAACUGUGCCAGACUCGAGCAGCAUUAGGUCGGCAGCCAGCACUGCGAGGCGCAGUGAGCGUGUCUUCGCGGCGCUGAUGUUCGGCGAGAAGUCUCGCUCCACUCGCGUGUGCGGCGGUCUGUCGACCGCGAGGGAGGUGAAGGAUUUCGAGAGAUGCAAGGCCCCGUGGCUCGCCGCCGUGCCCUCCGCCGGCAGCCGGGCCGUGGAGCACUCGCGGAGCUACCGGGGCCCCUCGGGCUACGCCUCGCGGGUGCUGCUCGUCGUCGGCGGCCGCUCCUCCGCGGUGGACAUUGCGAGGGAGGACGGCCGCCUGGUCCUGAGCGGCGGCGAGACAGUGCCUGGGCCCCCGGUGGAAAGGGUGAUACUCGCCACGGGCUACGAGUACGAGUACCCGUUCCUGGACGGCGCGGAGCUCGGCCUCGACUUCGGCCCCGUCGCGCGCUACGUGGCCCCGCUGUUCAUGCACGUGCUGCACGCGCGGCGCCCCAGCCUGGGCUUCAUCGGCGUGCCGUUGUCGGUCCCCGUCCCCAUCCCGCUGUUCGAAGCCCAGGCCCGCUUUGUGGCGGCCCACUUGCGGAACCAGAGCACGUCCACCGAGCAGCGCGGCGCCUGGGUCGCCGCCAGGCGCGCCGCGGUCGGCGAGAGGCCCAUGGACAUGCACUUCCUGGCAGGAGACUGCGGGCGGAAGCAUGUCCAUAUCCACGCCCUCGCGAGCCCGGCCCCUGGGGCGCGACCCAAUUCAGAGGAGAGCGAGUUGAGAAAGUGGUGGUUGGCCUUCGGGCGGGGCUGCCCCUUCGUGGCUAUUGUUGGGCGCGGCUCGGAAAAUUGGUGCGUUUGGGCCCCAGGGGGGGUCCGUCUCAACUCGCCCUGCUAA